GGAGAUUAACAACAUCAUUCAUAACCUCUUCGGAAAAUCGCUCUUGGCUCUUGACAGGAGAAGAGAGGAGGAGCACUCAUGAUCCUGUCAUUGAUUAAAAGUGAAGGAAUUAAAAAUAGUUGUUCUGCAAAAACUAGGAUCGAGAGUGCAUCAUGGAGACCAACUCCACUAAGGAUGACUCAAGUAAUCAGGAGGACUCUUACUCGGAUGUUGAUGAGGUUGAACCGAAAUUGAAAUAUGUCAGGAUGCAGAAUGAUAUCAAGGGGAUUUUGGUGAACGACGCUGCGAGCUGUAUUGCUGUGCAUCCUAAGUUCCUCUGCCUGGGUUCCCACUGGGGGCGGAUCCACGUUCUUGACCACCAAGGCAACAACAUCCAAUCAAAAACCCUCCAAGCGCACACAGUCGCAGUCAAUCAAAUUUCGAUUGACCACAAAGGUGACUACAUCGCCUCCUGCAGCGACGACGGAAAGGUCUUCAUCUACGGUCUCUAUACGACCGACAACAACCACAACAUGUCCCUAGGUCGCCUCGUCAAGUCCAUAGCGAUCGACCCCAGCUACUCCAAGCCCGGUGGUUCGAAAAAAUUCAUAACUGGUGACGACAAACUCGUCCUCUACGAGAAGACCUUUCUCUCUCGGAUGAAGCUCUCAGUCCUCUGCGAUGCUGAGGGAGGAGUCCGCUCGGUUGCCUGGAUGGGCCAGUUUGUCGCCUGGGCGUCUGACACAGGCGUAAGGGUCUACGAUCUCAACUCCAAGUGCUCCCUAGGUCUCAUUAAAUGGACGACUACACCACUAGCACAGCCUGAACACUAUCGCUGCAACUUACGUUGGACCAACUCUAGGACUCUUUUGAUAGGCUGGGUCGACACAGUUCGCAUCUGUCAGAUUCGGAAACGCUCCACCCAGGAAACACCGACUCAGAACCUCGCCGAGUUCCUUAUAGACCCUGUCUCCACCUUCCAGGUGGACUUCUAUAUAUCGGGGAUAGCUCCUCUGGAGACUCAGCUAGUCCUUCUGGGGUGCCCUAAACAGCCUGACGAGUCUGGAAAAUCUCAGAGACCUACUCUUCACAUUGUGGAUCCGAAGUAUCAGGACUUUCAGACGAUUUGCGCCAAUUAUUUGACCCUGAGGGGAUACAAGGAGUACUCCUGUAAUGAUUAUCAUCUAGAUUGUUUGCCUGAAGAGAACAGGUUCUUCAUAGUCUCUCCAAAGGACAUUGUAAUCGCCUCUCUGUACGACUCUGACGAUAGAAUAGAGUGGCUCCUCUCCCACGGAAAGUUCGAGGCCGCCCUGGAGGCAGUCUCUCUCAACGACGGGAGAGAUUGCAAGCGUCACACCUUGAUUAACGUUGGAAGAGUCUACCUGGACCAUCUUUUGACUUCUCAGCAGUACGAGGAAGCUGGCAAACUCUGCUUAAAAGUCCUAGGAAGGGACAAAAAACUGUGGGAAGAGGAGGUCUACAAAUUUGCCAGGGUCCAUCAACUCAGAUCAAUCUCCUCGUAUUUACCCAGGGGUGAUGUCACCCUCGAUCCCCUCAUCUACGAGAUGGUUCUGUACGAAUACCUCAAGAUAGAUCCUGAUGGGUUUCUUCAACUAGUCAAGGAAUGGUCCCCCAAACUUUAUACCGUAGCUGCUGUUGUCAACGGUGUUUUGGAACAUCUUCUUGUUCACAAUCAGAGACAGAAUGUUCUCCUAGAAGCUCUAGCUAUUCUUUACUCUCACGACGGCAAGUAUGAUAAGGCCCUUGCGAUGUACCUGAAGCUUAGGCAUAAGGAUGUGUUCCAGUUGAUUCAGAAGCAUCAACUCUGGAGCUCUGUUUAUGACAUGAUUGAGGGACUGAUGGAUCUCGAUGCUGAGAGAGCUAUUGCCCUGGUUCUGGAUAAAGACAAGGUCCCAAGUGAUCUUAUCGUCAAGAAACUUCAGAAUAAUCACAGGUACCUUUACAUGUACCUCGAUGCCCUGGAUAAAAAGGACAUGAAGGACUGCAAAGGGAAGUACCAUGGGCUGUUGGUCAGGCUAUAUGCAGAUUACUCGAGGGACAAGUUACUUCCCCUGUUGAGGAGAUCUGAUAAUUACCCCAUUCAGCAGGCUCUGGACAUCUGCAGUCAGAGGCAGUUCUACCCAGAGAUGGUGUACCUCCUGGGGAGAAUUGGAAAUACUAGUGAGGCAUUGGCCCUCAUGACGAGAGAGCUGGGGGACAUGGAGGCUGCAAUAGAGUUCUGUCAGGAGCAUGAUGACGAAGAGUUGUGGAAUGAUCUUAUUAAUUAUUCGUUGAACAAAUCAGAGAAUAUAACGUUUUUGCUGCAGAAAAUUGGGACUUAUGUGGAUCCCAGGCUUAUGGUGCAGAGGAUUGAACCUUCCAUGCAGAUACCUGGGCUUAAAAAAGCCUUGAUCAAGAUGAUGUGUGAUUAUAAUCUUCAGGUGUCGGUGCAGGAGGGUUGCAAGAAGAUACUAUCUGGGGAUUAUUUUAAUCUUCAUGAGAGGCUCGUUAGAUCACAUCAGAGGGGAAUUUUUGUGGAUGAUGACCAAAUGUGUGGGGCUUGUCACAGGAAGGUCAUUGUCAGAGAUCCUAGGAAUCUAGUCGUUUUUUAUUGUAAGCAUCUUUUUCAUGAAGAGUGUUUACCGAAUCUCGAUAAUGUCGAGAAUUGCGUUAUUUGUAAUCCGGCGAAGGAUAAGUUCAAGUGAAGGUAGCGGAUUUGACACUUAAUUUUUUUAUUAGAAAAUUUUCAGUUUCAGGGCUGUUUUGAUUUUAUUUUUACGAGUAGAUUGAAAAGAA